UACAGUGUGUGGCGGUAUAUUCAGAGGGUACAGUAUGUGGCAGAUUUAUAUUCUGAGUGUACAGUAUGUGUUGGUAUUCAGAAUGUACAGUGUGUGGUAGUAUUAUAUUCAGAGGGUACACUGUGUGGCGGUAUUAUAUUCAGGGGUACAGUAUGUGGUAGAUUUAUAUUCAGAGGGUACAGUAUGUGAUGGUAUUAUAUUCAUAAUGUACAGUGUGUGGUAGUAUUAUAUUCAGAGGGUACAGUGUGUGGCGGUAUUAUGUUCAGGGGUACAGUAUGUGGCAGAUUUAUAUUCAGAGUGUACAGUAUGUGAUGGUAUUAUAUUCAGAAUGUACAGUAUGUGGUAGUAUUAUAUUCAGUGGGUACAGUGUGUGGCGGUAUUAUAUUCAGGGGUACAGUAUGUGGCAGAUUUAUAUUCAGAGGGUACAGUAUAUGUUGGUAUUAUAUUUAGAAUGUACAGUGUGUGGUAGUAUUAUAUUCAGUGGGUACGGUGUAUGGAAGGUUUAUAAUCAAAGAGUAUAGUGUAUAGUAGUAUUAUAUUUAGAGGAUACAGUGUCUGGCAGGUUUAUAAUAAUUAUUGUUUUCAUAUAGAGGAUGAGAAUGCGCUGACAUAGUGAGGAGACGUCUGGGCGUCACAUUCUGCAGACAGAAGUUUUAGCUGGACCAGGCGAUAUACACAUACCUGAAGAUGGUUUAGAACCCUGUGAUGUCACACAUGCUUGUGAUGAUGUCACCGUAAGCUGUACAAGGAGGUGCGCGCCGGCUGCAGUCUCUUCAGUGUGUUUUGCAUUCACAACCUGUGGUGCAAAGUGUUUUGUUAGAGAGUUUCUAUUUGCGAUAGAGAAUUCAAGAUUUUGACCGUUCCUUGUCUGAAGAGAGAACCACAAGUGUUUUCAGGCUCUGACCUGUGACCAUGGCCUCUCCACAAGACCCAUUGCUGAAGGAGGAGGAAGAAGCAAUGGAGGACCAUAUUUAUAUGGAUGUAGAAAAGGGCGAUAUCCCUGAGAGGCAGAACCUGCCAUCUCUAAGCGUGAUGUCCACCGCACGUUCCAUCAUCACCGUAGUGAUCCUCGCCUUUGUUAAUUUGCUCAUCUAUGCAAAUCGCUCCAGCGUGGCGGGGGUGCUGCCUUAUAUACAGAAAGCAUAUGACACCAAUGCUAGUCUGUCCGGUUUAUUGAAUACAUUGUUCAUUGGAAGCUACGUGCUGGUCGCACCAAUUGCCGGAUAUUUGGGCGACCACUGUAAUAAGAAAUAUACUGUUUGCGCAGGAGUCAUCGUUUGGCUGAGCAUGACACUUACCCUGUCAUUCAUCCCUGACGGGUACUUUCUGCUCUUCCUGCUGACGAGUGGACUGGUUGGAGCCGGAGAGGCGACUUUCUGCACCAUCGCCCCCUCCAUCAUUGCAGACCUUUUUACAAGUGACCAGCGGACCCGCAUGCUGAACGUGUUUUACUCCGUCAUACCUGUAGGCUGCGGACUAGGAUACAUCAUCGGGCCCAAAGUGACUGAUGCAGCAAGGGGCGAUUGGCACUGGGCAUUUCGGGUCACCCCUGGCCUGGGCCUCAUAGCUGUGGCUUUGAUGAUUUUGGUCACAAAGGAGCUUCCAAGAACGACUACAAACAGGAAGAAGAACAACAAAUCCCAGAAGUUUGCCAAAUGGGUGACAGAUCUGAAAAAACUAUUUAAAAAUCGAAGCUUCAUGUUAACCACCAUGGGAUCGACGGCUGUAUCCUUCAUAGUGGGAGCCAUAGGUGUAUGGGGUCCGUCAUACCUGACCCACGCACGAACACUCCUACAAGAGAAGGACCCUUGUCGUGCUGAACCGUGUGACUAUCACGACAUCCUAAUAUUUGGUGUGGUUACAGUCGUUUCCGGCAUUCUGGGAGUUGUAGCAGGGACGGAAAUAAGUAAAAGAUAUCGCAAAUUCAACCCAGGGGCAGACCCGCUUGUGUGUGGAUGCGCGAUGAUGCUCUCCGCCCCUUUUCUUCUGUUGGCAUUGACUUUUGGCAACAUCAGCCUCGUUGCCACCAACAUCUUCAUCUUCAUCGGAGAGACGCUUCUGUCAGUAAAUUUCACCCUCAUAUCUGACAUUAUACUAAAAGUAGUAACUCCGUGGAGGAGAUCUUCAGCCCUGGCCGUGCAGAUGACAAUCUAUCACCUCCUAGGUGACGCCGGCAGCCCGUACCUCAUCGGCAUGAUAUCUGACACCUACGAACGAGGAUAUGCCAAAUCCCCUCUUCUGAAAUACCGCAGCCUGGAGUAUGCCCUCAUGACCUGCACCAUAAUGGCAGUCAUCGGAGGGGCCUUCUUCAUGGCCACGGCCCUAUAUAUAGAGAGGGACGAAAAAGAAGCAGAGAUGGAAUCAGAACCUCCGUCAUCCUCCUCCUCCUCACUGCUUCCUGCCGAUGAGGACUGCGCUUCAGACUGAGGAAAAGUCAUUGCUUACCUUUAUCUCAUUUACUUCAUAAAAAAAA